AUGCCCCUGCACGGGAAAAUUGUUGUUAUCAAAAGGAGUGGAGGAGAUGGGACUGAGUUUCCUCUGACUGCAUCAUGCUUAUUUGGAAGGUAAGAAAAAUCCUUUAAAAUCUGUCAAUGCGUGCAAUGCUGUAGUACUGUGUCAAAAUUUAAUAUAUUCUCGGUUUUUAUAGGUACUGUUAAAUGUAUGAAAGACAACUUUUGCGGCAUGUAUGGAACGUGUUUUUUACUCGGUGGUUCAAUGUUGCAGUCUAGCCAUUUUAAAUUUGUUUUAGGCGGGCUUUCUGCUGCUUACUUCGGUCGUUGAGCUUUGUUCACUAUUACAGCGUUUCAUAACGUUUCAAAAGACAUGUCACCGCACACACCCUAGAGAUCUAUUCAACUUUAUCCACUGAAAAUCAACAAUGGAUUGGAUUAAACCCACUCAUGUUGAUAAAUUGUCACGCAUUUACUCAACUGGACUGUUCCUGUAUGUGCUGUGUGAACCCCAGGAAGUGUAGUUGUUGGUAGAGUUUAUGGUAGUGUCCACCUAUGGGUGAAACCGUGCUUUGGUGAUAAUUUCACUUCCUUAUGUUAUAAAAUACAUUUUUAUCAAGAAAUGACUAUUCAUGUUCUAAAUCUUUCAAUGGGGUCUUUCUCUAACAUAUCAUUAACAUUAUAUCAAAAAAGUCGGAUUUGGUAACCUAAUGUAUCCGAUAAUAAGCACCGAGCUCUGACAUAGCGGUGCAGGUUUCUCAUAACUUGAGGGUUUUGUGUUCGUCUUCGGGUUGCAAAAUUAGCACGACUUGAGCUGAAUUAAAUGUAUAAGGCUUUGAAAAUAAGAAGUUUGGUAUACGCUCAGUUGACAUUUCAGACAUUGUUUUAUUGAGAUAAAAAUCGUUUUUUUUUUUUUUUUUUCGAAAAGCGUAUAGUAAAAUAUGAAUAUAUUACAUGUCAUGUCUCAAAAUAGAUAUCUAUCUUAGCUCUAAAUAGUUAUGUCCUCCAGAUUCGAGAAGAAAGUGAGCCUGUCAGGUAGCCUUAAUUCUUGCACAAAAUCCAGCCUAGCUGAUGCAAUGCCAUUUUUUUGUUUAUUUUUUAUGUAUCACUUUUUCUCUGGCCUCCAUUUAUUUAGUAACCCUAAUUUUGGCCAAUCUACAAGGGUAAAAACUCCCAUAACUUUUGAAAGGAUUAUGAUAGACAUGAGGUUUGGACCAUAGUUUUUCUCAGGAUGAUCUACACAAUUAACAUUGUUUUACCCAUUGGGCAAAAUAGGCUUUUUUGAUUGGACACCCUACUUCUGGUGUUAUGAAAUAUAAUUGACAUGCCUUCAACACUAAACAUUUUCUAUUGACAGAACCAAAUAUUUGUUUAUGUAUAAAAAAAUAUAAAAAUGUACACAACCUUUUUACAGAAUAUUAUGGUAUUUUUGUCUCUUAGGAAACCUGACUGCGACAUUCGCAUUCAACUUCCCCAAGUCUCCAAGGAGCAUUGCAGGAUUGAGUUGAAUGAAAAUAAAGAGGUAACUACAGUCAGUCAAUAUCAUUGCUGCCUUCAGUCAGUCAGUUUUUUAUUUUACUGUCUGUAGAGCAAGUAUUGAAAGACUGUUUUUUUUUCUUACAGGUUAUUUUAACCAAUUUGAGUUCAGUGAACCCGACCCGUGUCAAUGGGGAGGUUUUUCAGCAGUCUGAAUGUUUGAAACAUGGAGAUCUAAUCACAAUUAUUGACCGUUCUUUCAGGUUUGUGCAUCUUAUGUCAGUUUAUAACAUAGUCAGAGAAAUAUAAUUUUGAUGUGUUUAAUCUGCUUACUGUCUGUUUAAAAUUUGAUGGACAUCAUGUCAUAGUUGGACAAGUAUUUGGCAUUUUAUACAUACACUUGGAUAGACAAUAUGAUAAUGGCUCUUUGUUUUUUUACAUUUCAUUUUUUAUUUUUCAGGUUUGAAUACCCUCCUGCACCCACUCCAAAGAAAAAUAGAUCUUCUACUGCUAGCAAAAGUGAAACUCCUCAGGUAUUAUGCAUGUUAUACACUAAAGUAAAAGCCUGAAGCAUAUUUGGUAAUAAAGCAUUACUUACUAUUUAUAUGCACCGUUGAGGAAAUCUACUGCAUGAAUCUCCCUAGAAAGUCUGUGCUCAAGCUGUCUCUGUUUGUCACAGGUUUUACAUGAAACCCAAGCGAGGGAUACCAGCGCUAAAGAUGGAACCAACACUUCUGAUGUCAAACCCAAGGAGGAUGGAAGUCUUGAACAGAACAAGCCGAGCUCCCCCUUCUGUGAGCUGUACCAAAUGUUCAAACAAGAUCUGGAUUCCAAGACUCCAAAGAAAGCACCUGGAACACCUGCUUCAAGGCUUUGCCCACAGAACCCUAUCUCAACCAAGAAAGUGGAUGGGGCGUCUGUCAUUUCCACACCCAAGAAGGCGGAAACUGAAAAUGUGUCACCUAUCACUGGAGUGACUCCAAAAUCAGCUCAGAAGAAGCGAAAGUCCCUCAAAGGUUUGGUUGUUGAGGGGAAUGUGCCAGUUGAAGAUUUCAUCCAACUGCCUCAAUCUAUUCAAGAAACUCCCAAAGGUAAAAGGCGUUCUUCAAAGUCCAAAACACCCACUACGGUUGAAGAAAAAUCCACCCCUGUUUCUCAGAGGAAAAGUCGCCCGGCAACCCCCGAGAAAUUCACUGCUCGUGAAGUGGUUGAGCAUAUUUCUGAGUGUCCGACUGCAGAAACCCAUAAGACCCCCACUAGAAGGAGGAGCAAAGAAGCCACUCCUAUCAAAUCUUUGGUAACUGGGGUAGAACCACCUGCUGAUGCUGUCAUCUCAAACCAAGACCAGACCGUACUAACUGAGAAUUCCACGCCAAGUACUCCUAAGACAGAGUUCUCCCGCUCUCCAAGGUCUGCUGGGAAAAAGCUUCAAGCUCAUGAUGUGCUUUGUGAGCUGGAGGCGACCACACCCACCAAUGGUGAGAAAACAAUGCAAGGUUAUUUCCCAAUGGCGGUCACAUUCUUUACGCAUACAUUUAAUGAGUUCAAUAAUUAUUAGCCUACUUUGUUUUAGUUUCAAUGUCAAUUCUUUGAUUAUUACAUACUGUACGAUUAUUAUGUUUAACCUAAUGCCUGUAUAUACGUAUGAACAAAGUUAUCGAUCACGUGACACCAUUCAUUCCUAUGUGAACACUCAAUAGUGUAUUGAAGUCUGUUAAGAUGGCUCUCAUGGAGGCAACAUGUGCAGUUUGAGCUACUCCAGGAAGUGACUUUGCAGGCUAGCUCAGUGCUGCCUCCUCUCAAUGAGUAACUUGAGUUCAAGGCCGACCAGAGUACUGCAGGCCGCCAUUAGCGACUAACUUCUUCUGUGUGAUUUUUUUAAUAAUUGGUUCAAGAACACAUCUGGUGUAUUGGACGCAAUUAUUGGUACCAUGAUUGUCUUCAAAACAUUUUAUUUACACAAAGAUUGCGAUUUUUCAAUUCACUAUAAUAGGGGAUACUGUUUUCUGCUAACAAUGCCUGAAGUACUGCGGUUCGCCAUGAACUUCUGUGGCUUCAAUGAGAAGGGCAGUCGUUCUCCCUUGGUUUAACCUAAGGGGUGCAUGCCCUCUUGUGAUUGAAUGUGUUUGACCAGUAUAAUAAAACAUUUUUCAUUUCCAUCUUCAGUUAAACAGUCGUCUGCUAAGAAACGGAAGAGUGGAGAACUUGAAACUGAAUUUCCAACACCGCUGUGCAAGAGGAAAAGGGUUUCAUUCGGAGGUCAUUUGGAGCCGGAACUGUUCGAUAAACGUCUUCCUCCUGACUCCCCACUAUGCAAAGGAGCCACUCCUGGACGGCGAAGCCUGUGUGUCCCCAAAACGAAACAGUCACUCCUCAGGAGAGCGUCUGCAAUUGGUCUGAUAAAGGUACGUUCAAUAAUAUACUGUAGGUUGUGUGCUGACUUUGCUCCUCAUUUCACAUAUAUUGAUGAUGAACUGAUUCUGACUCAAUUUUUUUCAUUUCAUAGGAGCAUGAACAAUCUGCCCCAGAGAGUCUUAAAGUGAAAGGAAGUCCAGGAAAGAACGCAUCUCCCAAGACUCCCUCGCCUGCCAAGAAGUCACCGAAGGCAACUCCCAAGACUCCCUCACCUGCCAAGAAGUCACCGAAGGCAACUCCCAAGACUCCCUCACCUGCCAAGAAGACACCGAAGGCAACUCCCAAGACUCCCUCACCUGCCAAGAAGACACCGAAGGCAACUCCCAAGACUCCCUCACCUGCCAAGAAGUCACCGAAGGCAACUCCCAAGACUCCCUCACCUGCCAAGAAGACGCCGAAAGCUAAAACUCCAUCUCCAGGUAAAGAGAAGACCCCGAAAACCGCUGUGAAGACUCCAUCUCCUGCUCGAAGAAAGUCUCCAUUAAAAGAUGGAUCUCAAACACCCAAGGCUGGAAAAACUCAGAAGACCCCUGCAAGUUUGCCUUCAGCCAAUACAACACCCACCGUGCAAGGCCGGUUCUCAGUGUCCCUCAUCAGCACCCCAUCACCCACCACAGACCAGGACUCUGUCCUACAGACGUCUGUCACUGUAACGCCUCGUGUUCCCUUGAGGCGAACAAGCAUGAAGUCUACCUCGAAGACAAUACAGAACAGCGCAAUAACGAAUGCCCUGCAAGUCAUCCGUAGAAGAAGUGGUGUUUCUCGGGCAUCAAUGAAAGGUAUGCAUCUAUUUACUUUAUUUUCUCUUUGGGAUUCAAUAACUUUUUGUUGAUUGGGUAUUGAUUUUAUUUUGAUUGCAAUCUAAGUGUUUAAUUUCCAUUGUUUCGAGUUGUGAAUUCCUGGGCUGACAUUGUGAAGUUUGGCCAGACCAAGGCCCAAGCUGUUAUCCCAACCAAGAGAACUUCCACCCGAGUGACUAAGACGAAGACUGUUGUACCAAAACCCAAGGUAUGCUUCGAUAGUAUUUUGCCCUCCAUGACUGCACUUCAUGAAAUUUGUCUAGUGUAGCAAAUAUGAAGCUUGUUGUUAAGUUGACUUCAAUGGUUUUGUCUUGAUUUAGUUUUUCUACAUUACCUAACCUGUUGAUGUUAAUUAUGUUACAGACGCCUACGAGGAAACUCAUAGGACAUGUCAGCACUGGUCAUGCAGAUUCACCUGUGACCAUUGUUGUGGGCAAAGCUCACAGGCUGAAAGCCAUUCAGCCAAGUGGGGCUGCCCCAAAGCUUGUCCACAACAUUGCACUGCUAAGAAAUAACAUGAGAAUGGAUGAGGAUUUGUCAGGUAAUUAGUCAAAUUUCCUAAUCCCACUACUCUAUGUGCAUAUGUUUUUCAUAUGGGGUGUGUUGGUAAAUUCACUCUAGUGUCAGUGCGCACUGGGACGUUCGUAAAUUCACAGAGUUGUUAAGAUUGUCCGUUCCUAAAUUCAGAGCAUUUCUCUCUGGAAGUGCACUCUGGCCGAGGAGUAGGGUUGAUCCGAGCGUUCUGACCUCACAACGGCAGUCAAGCACCCAAGCUAACUGGCUAAAGUUAGCUAGCUACUUCCAGACACAUGAGAGAACAUCUCACUCUGAAUAUUUUACUCACCCUAGCAGAGCUGAUCAGUGUUUUCAUGUUAUGAAGAGGGUUAGUGACUAACUCUGUUACUGGCAACAAUUUAAUUACUUUUUUAAGCUUAUGUUUAUGUAAACCUGUCUUAACAAAUGAGUUUAGGGCCUUCGAAAAUUCCUCAUUUAUUCUGCACUCUCAAACCAGGGUGCUCAGAAUUCGGAGUAGAUUGCCAGGGUGAAUUUACGAACGCACCCAUGGUAUAUAAAGGACUUGUUGCAUUGUCAUAUUGUGCUCAAGUAAAGCAACUGGGUUUUGUUUGUGGUUUCAGGAGUUGCAGACAUGUUCAAGACCCCUGCAAGGCAGAGUAAGUCUGUGGUCAAUGUGCAGAGUGCCCUCAAGACCCCCCAGAGAUCCCAGUCUACAUCUAUGAUUGACUCAUCACUGAUGAAUACCCCAGAAGAGACUAGUAAGUGAUUUUGGGAGAAUCUCAAUUGCAUACUCCUGUCCUCUCGCCUCUUCUCAAAAUCCAUUGGAGAAGGUCAGAGGGGCGGGACCUCUGGCUUUCUCAUCUAAUGGGUUUUUAGGAGGAGAAGGGAUGCAAGGAGUAUGCAAUUGAGAUCAUGUCAAGAUGAGUAGGAAUUAUGAAGAAUCUGGUGUGAGGGAUUUCUUUGAAUUGUACACUGUGUAUUAGAUGUUUCAUACAUUGUUUUCAUGCUCGUCAAACUAUUCAUUGACCACUCGUGCCCUGUGGAUGGGGGCAUUGUCAUCCUAUGGGGGAGUAGCCAAAAUAAUGACCUGCCCAGCAUUUUUAUACAUGACCCUAAGCAUGAUGGGAUGUUAAUUGCUUAACUAACUCAGGAACCACACCUGUGUGGAAGCACCUGCUUUCAAUAUACUUUGUAUCCCUUAUUUACUCAAGCAUUACUGUUAUUUUGGCAGUUAACUGUAUCAAUCAUGUUGAAAUCAGUUGACACUAAAUAUACCCUAUCUGUUUAUUUUCUAUCUUCGCAGGUGAAAUGGUGGUGUCUCCACUUUUUGUUUCUACUGCUCAACGGGGAGCAUACAACAGCGAUGCAGUCACUAGACUCCUUCGAGAUGAUCAAGAAUCCAGUUUCAUCACUGCAAAUGCCACUGAGGAAGCUGACUCACAUACUGCACAAAAUGAGAUUCCUGACUUAGAGAUGUCUUCCGAAGAAUCGAAGGAAGAACAGCAGCCAGAAUCGGAAAAAAUGAUUUUGACUCCCAAACAGAAGAAACCUGAACAACCCGAGUGUCUCACUGGAGUGAAGAGGAUUAUGAAGACCCCAAGACAGAAGGUGCAACCCAUUGAAGACCUCAGAGGAAAACUGUUGAAAACUCCCAAACAGAAACUUGAGCAACCCGAAUGUCUCACUGGCGUGAAGAGGAUCAUGAAGACCCCAAGACAGAAGGUUCAACCCAUUGAAGACCUCAGAGGAAAACUGAUGACAACUCCAAGAGGGCCUAAGGCUGCUCAGGAAGUAAGCUUAGAUGGUAUGAAGGAACUCCUGAUGACCCCCAAACAAAUCGCUGAACCUGUUGAAGAGAUUUCUGGUAAAGCCCAAGAUGAUGACAAUGUCCACAGCGAGACAAAAGAGGUAAAGGCAACACAGGGCUAUUUCUGUGUAGUUUCAACUCAUUUUUUGUAACACAGAUGUUAUUUGGUAUAAUGGUAUAUUUACAUACCAAAAUAUGUAAGCAUAACUUAUUUGCCUGUAAUGUUUAUUUCAUCUUAUCCCAUGGCUACUAUAAUAGGUUCUGAAUAUUUAAACUUUAUCACAUUUUUAAUUACAAAGGUCUUAUUUUGUUUCAUUUUUUUUUUUUUAGAUUCAAGGCGACUCUAUUUCUCCUAAAUGCCUCUCAGGUAACGUAUAUCUGCUUGCUUGCUAGCUAACAUAAGCAUUCACAAUGCACAGUGACAAUAACAGUUAGCUUUGCCCGUCAGUCCACAUCAAUGUUGGAAUAGAAAUUCUAAAUUGGUGUUUGAAGCUCUGCUUAUUCUGCUACCGGUAAUUCGUUUACACUGAAGCGCGUGGUUACUUGGCUAGCUAGGUUGGUUAGCAUGGUGGCAUGCGUGUUCAAUGCAGCAAUGCAUGUUGGUUGGCGAUUUCAAUUUUUAACUCAUGUAACCUACGAUUAGUUAACUAUUAUCAAGAGGCACUGCAAUCAUUAAAUGUAAUAAUAAUAAUAAUAUGCCAUUUAGCAGACGCUUUUAUCCAAAGCAACUUACAGUCAUGCGUGCAUACAUUUUUUUUGUGUAUGGGUGGUCCCGGGGAUCGAACCCACUACCUUGGCGUUACAAGCGCCGUGCUCUACCAGCUGAGCUACAGAGGACCACAAAUGUAUCCUUGCUAGGCAGUAGUAACCAUUUUGCACACAGAUAAUAAAUUGUUGCCGUUCUUUUACGAAUCGGAAGAACUUGGCUGGCUAGCUAGCGCCAGUAGCUAUAAUGAUUGAGUCAGACACAUUUCACACGAUUGCUCAAUGUCUUUUAACAUUUGUUUCUUUUUAUUUAGGUAACGUUGAAUUCAAAAUGCCCUUGUACGGGAAAAUUUUUGUAAUCAAAAGGAGUGGAGGAGAUGGGACUGAGUUUCCACUGACUGCAUCAUGCUUAUUUGGAAGGUGAGAAAAAGCUUUUCAAAUCUGUCAAUAUGUGCAAUGUCAUAGCAGUGAGUGCCGUUGUCUAAAUUUAAUAUAUUCAUCGUUUUGUAUAGAUACUGUUAAUUGUAUCAUCAUCAACUUUUCCUGCACGAAUGGAACAUGGUUUUUACUUGGGGCUAGGCUUGGGCGAAACCCCAGUGUACGGUAUAUUUUGAAAUACAGACAGUAUGAUUUUCAAUACUGUAAAAAAAACGUUAUCUAAGAUGUCAUAUAAUAUUAAUUAUAUCUAGCUCCAGCUAUGCAUUUGGUUUGCUAACUUGCUAGCCAACCAAGCUUCUUGGUUACAGCAGAGACAUUCAGUCCCCUCCUGUGUAAAAAGUGUAUUCUGUAACCAAGAAGCUUAAUCUUGGCAUCUAGCCACUUAGCUAGCAAGUUAGCAAACCAAAUGCAUAGCUUGAGCCCUGAGCUGGGUAUCAUUUAUUUUACACGUCUUAGAUUUCUUAUAGUUAUACUGAACUUCUAGUUGUAAGCAGUUGCAGUUGUAUUCUUUUGUUGAAAUGGCGCCCCCUGUGCCCAUAUUCGGCAAUACCGUAUACCCCGGUGUGAUAUAGAAAUGGUAUGAAUGUCUGGAUACUGCCCAACCCUACUUGGGUCCAUUUUUUUAUUUGUAAAGAGGCGGGCUUUCUACUGCUGUCUUCGGUUGUUAAGCUUUGUUCACUAUUGCAGCGUUUCAUAACGUUUCAAUAGACAUGUCACCACAGACCCUAGAGAUCCAUUCAGCCUUAUCCACUGAAAAUGAAUUAUGGAUUGGAUUUAGCCAGCUCUUGUUGAUAAAUUGUCAGGCAUUUAGCAUUUACUCAACUGAACUUUUGUUUCCAUAUGUGUGCUGUUUGAACCCCAGGAAGUGUAGCUGUUGCUUUAGUAACAGCUUAUGGGGAUAAAGAUAAAAUGAAAUAAAAUGUAAAUGCCUUAAACAGUAAAACAUAAUAAUGACAGAAUCCUAUAUUUGCAUAGCUGCUGACAGGUAUACAAAAAUGUUGACAACCUUUUUACAGAAUAUUUAUUAUGUUCUUAUUGUCUCUUAGGAAACCUGACUGCGACAUUUGCAUUAAACUUCCCCAAGUAUCCAAGGAGCAUUGCAGGAUUGAGUUGAAUGAAAAUAACGAGGUAAUUGCAGAGUCAGACAAUAUAAUUGCUGCCUUCAAUAAGUCAGUCACUUUAAUUUUAGUCUCUGUAGAGCAAAUGUUGAAAUGCCAUUAUUUUUUUCUCUUACAGGUUAUUUUAACCAAUUUGAGUUCCGCGAACCCGACCUGUGUCAAUGGGGAGGUUUUGCAUCAGUCUGAACGUUUGAAACAUGGAGAUCUAAUCACAAUUAUUGACCGUUCUUUCAGGUUUGUGCAUCUUAUGUCAGUUUAACGCAAUAGUCAGAUAAUAAUAAUUUAUUUAAUGUGUUUAGUCUAGAGGCCGACCUAUAUGGGAUUUUUGGAUCCGAUUUUAGUGGAAAUAUUCACUAUCAAUGAUAUCUGCCUAUUCUUUUUAUUUUAUAUUUUAUUACUAUAGCUGGAUAGGAAAAAAAUAACAUUUUCUGUAUGGAUCGUGCUUAAAACAGCCCUACAAAGAUACUCAGAAAACGUACUUACUCAAUUUGAUUAAAGAACGUUAAUGUAAGCACCACACAAAAUUUAGGAGCACCAGAAUGACAAAAAAUGUUUGUGGAAAAACUGUUACUGUAGUGAAAGGAGGAUAAACUGCACAGAUUCCAGCAAAUAAAUUUGCCUCUGAAGACCGCUGCCUCAUGCUAGGCUGCUGGAAAACGACAUGGGACACAUUUUCAAUGUAUUGGUAUUUACUGUAGCUAUGUUGUCAACAGCUGUAGCUACUGAAUUCUGGUAGUUGUCACUUAAAAUGAAAAACAUCAAUCAUAACAUUUGCCUCUGGCAUAUUGAUGCGCGUUGCCUCAGUGAACGGUCCUUGCUACCCCAUUGAAGUUUAAAUGUAAAAUGGUAAGGGUUAAGGUUCGGCAUAGGUAAGGGUUAUGGUUGGGGCGAGGCGCAUCAAUAUGCCAGAGGCAAAUGUUAUGAUUGAUGUUUUUCAUUUUAAGUGACACUGCAAAAAAAUAUUUUAGAAGCUAUAGAAAUGCAUUUAUUAAUGUCUACAUUCUUUUUUGCCGCAUUUAUUCUAUUACAGACACCUUUUAAUUCAUACUAUUAAAUUAUGUGAUCUAAGAAUGCCCCCCCCCCCCCUUUUCCACAUAUUGUUUGGCAUGUUAAACCACACACUUGGAUCCAUAUGGUAAUGAUUUAUUGUUUUUAAGAUUUCAUUUGAUAUUUUCCUUUUCAGGUUUGAAUACCCUCCAGCACCCACUCCAAAGAAAAAUAUAUAUUCUAAACAGAACACUCCAAGAGGGCCUAAGGCUGCGCAGAAAGUAAGCUUAGAUGGUGUGAAGACCCCCAAACACAUCGCUCAACCUGUUGAAGAGAUUUCUGGUGACGCCCAAGAGAUUUCGGAUGCCAUGACGACAGUGGAGGUAGUGGAAGAGCUUGCUGCUGCUCCUUCUGAGGCAGUGGAGGAAGAACAACUUGCUGCUCUUGCUGAGGCAGUGGAGGAAGAACAGCCUGCUGCUUUUGCUGAGGCGGUGCAGGAGGUAGAAGAGCAAGUUGCUGGGCCUGCUGAGGCAGUGGAGGUAGAAGUGCCAGUUGCUGCAUCUGCUGAGGCAGUGGCGGUAGAAGAGCCAGUUGCUGCACCUGCUGAGGCAGUGGAGGUAGAAGAGCCAGUUGCUGCAUCUGCUGAGGCAGUGGAGGUAGAAGAGCAAGUUGCUGCAUCUGCUGAGGCAGUGGAGGUAGAAGAGCCAGUUGCUGCAUCUGCUGAGGCAGUGGAGGUAGAAGAGCCAGUUGCUGCAUCUGCUGAGGCAGUGGAGGUAGAAGAGCCAGUUGCUGCAUCUGCUGAGGCAGUGGAGGUAGAAGAGCCAGUUGCUGCAUCUGCUGAGGCAGUGGUGGUAGAAGAGCCAGUUGCUGAGGUAGAAGAGCCAGUUGCUGCUUCUGCUGUGGCAGUGGAGGAGGUAGAGCCUGCGACUGCACCUGCUGAGGCAGUGGCGGUAGCACAUCUGAACAGUGAAGAGCCUGCUGCACCUUCUGUUCCAGUAAAAGGUAGAAGAGGCAAGAAAACGGAGGGGAUUGUUCCACCACCUGCCAGACCAUCUGCUAGAGGGAGAGCGGCAAGGCGUAAUGAAACCAGUAGCGUUGAGGCACCAGCGGAAACAAUGGACUCUGUGGAUGUCCCAGAGAAAAUGGCAGCUGACCCAGGUCCUGCUGAAAAGCCAAAGAGAGGAAGAAAGGCCAAACAGGCUUCUGUAGAGAAAGUUGAAACAGUGCAGGAGAAUGCUGUUGAAAGUGAGAGUGCUGAAAUUCCUCCAAUUGAGGACCAACAGCCAACUUCUGAUGUCCCUGUGGAAAAACCCAGAAGAGGAAGAAAGGCCAAACAGGCUUCUGUAAAACAAGUUGAAACUGUGCCGGAGAACACUGUUGAAGCCAUGAAUGUUCCUGUCACUGAGAAGGUUGAGGCCCAGACUCCAGUCUUUAGAUCUAAGAGAGGAAGAAAACUGGAUUCAGUAGAAAAAGUUGAAGCGGAGGUUCUUGAAAUUCCUCCAAUUGAGAUUGUGGAAGCCAAGGAAAUGCCUGCUAGUGUUGCUGUUGAGAAACCACGGGCAAGAGGAAGACGGGCUAAACAGGAGUCUGAAGAAGCCAAAACAAUGGAAGAAAAUGUUGCUGAAGUUGUGGCGGUUGAUAUUCCUCCUACAGAAACGGUGGAGGCCCUAGUCCCUGUUGCAAAACCCAAAAGAGGAAGAAAGACUAAGCAGGAGUCUGUAGAGCAAGUGGAGUCUGUGAGUGGUGAAACUCCCUUCGAACAGGUUGAGGCACAGGAGCAGGCCACUGUGGCUCCAGUUGAGAAACCCAAAAGAGGAGGAAGAAAGACUAAGCAGGCUUCUGUAGAGCAAGUUGAGGAUCACCCCGUUGAGUCUCUGACUGUUGAAGUCCAGGAGCAGACUAACGUGGCUCUGGUUGAGAAACCCAAAAGAGGAGGAAGAAGGACUAAACAGGACCCUGAGUGUGUCGUCCCGCCAGUAUCCACAGAGACUCAGGAGGAAACGUCUGCUCCCCCUACCGAGAAACCUAAAAGAGGAGGAAGAAGGACUAAGCAGGCUUCUGUUGAGCCUGUUGAGGAUAACCCCGUUGAGUCUCUGACUGUUGAAGCCCAGGAGCAGACUACCGUGGCUCCGGUUGAGAAACCUAAAAGAGGAGGAAGGACUAAACAGGACCCUGAGAGUGUCAUCCCGCCAGUAUCCACAGAGACUCAGGAGGAAACGUCUGCUCCCCCUACCGAGAAACCUAAAAGAGGAGGAAGAAGAGCAAAGCAGCAGAAGGUUCCUGAAGUGGUGGAAGUUGAGAACAUGGUAGUGAAGGAGGUCCACCUUUCUGCACAAACUGAGGAGGUUGAUGCUAAACCAGAGCGUGAAGAGACCGUUGCUGAGGCUGAAGAACUGCUGGAAGCUCGUGUUGUCAAACCAGGAUGGGGAAGGAAGGCAAGAGCUGUUGUGAAGGAUGAAGUGCCUGCCAAGCGGGCACGCAGAGGAGCAGCUGAUUCCACAAAGGUGACCACUGCUGCAGAAGCAACUGUCGAAGUUCCAAAUGAGCCUGUCAAGCGAGCCAGAAGGGCAGCUAAAUCCAAAGUCUCUGCGGAUGAAACCACCAUUGCAGCCGAGAGCACUCCAUUGGAGUCUGAGGUAACAGACACUGAGGUCAUGACUGUUGUGGUUAAAAAAGGAAGAGGAAAAGCCCCUAAAAAGGGAAAUGUUUCUGAAACUACCUCUGACAAGGCAAAUUAUAUUGAAGGCAUGGAAACCAUUGACGAAGACUCAAAAAAUACCUCAACGUCUGUGAAUUGGAAACCUGAUUUGGAAGUUACACACAAGGUCACCCCUCUUCCUAAACAGAAGAAAUCCAGACGGAAUGAUACUGUUCCUGUUACUGAGGUUGAAGAACAGCCUGAACGGAUUGAAGAACAGCAGGUUGUGAAGGCAGUGCGAGGAAGAAGGGCAAGAACUAAUGUCGAGGUCAAAGAGGAGACUGUACAAUCAACACCCUCAAAAAGGGCACGCCAUAGCGCCCCAGAGACCGCCGCUGCUGAAGCCACGGUCCCCAUUUCAAAGCCUGUAAACAAAAGAAAUAUGAAAACUGAAGAGCCAGAUCUCUCCGAUAAAGCUGUUCCGAAGGAGCCUGUCAAGAAAACAAGAGGAGCAGCAAAGUCUACUGAUGCAGCUACCAUUGAGGCCACUAGCACUGCUCCUGCUGUCCCGGAGGAAGUGCCAGAGACCGUCUCAGAAGCCACAGUUGUGACAGCUACAAAAGGAAGAGGUAAAGCGCCAAAAAAGGGAAAAGCUGUAUCUCAGGAAAUUGACAUUGAGCAAGCUACCGAGUCAGAGCAGCCAAGUAAGCCCCGCAGAGGUAGAGCGGCAAGAAAAUAG